ACUACUACAACUCAGUAGAUAGAACUCCUGACAGUUAGUGUUCUGUCUGUGAGUGUUCCGAGUCACUGUUCUUUCUGUAAGCGUUCCCAGUCAGUGUUCUACUGCUUCCACCAGUGUUCCACCAUGGUUCUGAACAUCCCAGGUGUGGUUGCCAUGGCAGUGUUCUAUCUGCUGGUCCUGGGGACAGGUUUGUGGGCGGCACGGAAGUCCAGGGCUAUAGAGAAGAAGAGCACGGGAGACAAGACAGAGAUAACCUUACUGGGAGACAGGAACAUCGGCCUGCUUCUGGGAAUAUUCACCAUGACUGCUACGUGGGUUGGAGGAGGCUUUAUCGUGGGGAUAGCGGAGGUUGUCUAUAACCCUAACCUGGGUCUGGUCUGGGCUUUCAUGCCCCUACAGAGCUCAGUAUCCUUCAUCAUCGGUGGUAUAUUCUUUGCCAAGCCGAUGAGGGAGAAGAAGUAUGUUACUAUGAUGGAUCCCUUCCAGAUCAAGUAUGGGAAAGUAGUGUGUGUGUGUGCGUGUGUGCGUGUUGCAGGUGGCACUAUGAGUGUGAUUUUGGACCUGCCCUACUCCUACUCCGUGGGGAUUUCUGCAGUGGUGGCCAUCGUCUACACUCUACUGGGAGGACUCUACUCUGUAGCCUACACUGACGUCAUCCAGCUCAUCCUCAUCUUCCUCAGUCUGUGGCUGUGUGUCCCGUUCCUCAUGGUCAACCCAGUGGUGGGUGACAUAACCCAGACAGCCUUCAACCACACCUACCAGGCUCCCUGGCUGGGGACAAUGGAGAAGGAGAAGGUCUUGAAGUGGAUUGAUGACUUCUUACUGGUGGCAUUGGGUAGCUUGUCUUUCCAAUGUUUCCAUCAGAGGACGCUUUCUGCCUCCUCCUCGUUUAACGCCCAGGUCACCUGCUUCGUGGCUGCCGCCAUGGUCCUCGUCCUGGGGAUCCCCUCUGUUCUGGUCGGGGCUGUGGCAGCUUCAACAGACUGGAACCUGACAUCGUACGGGUCUCCGUCUCCGUAUGAGCGCAACGAGACGGGAUUGGUGCUCCCCAUCGCCCUGCAGCACCUGGCUCCGCCCUACGUGUCCAUCAUCGGCAUCGGGGCCAUCGCCGCCGCAGUGAUGUCAUCAGUGGACUCUGGCCUCCUAAGCUCCGCCUCCAUGUUCUCCUCCAACAUCUACAGGAACAUCAUCCGGAAGCAGGCCUCAGACAGGGAGAUACAGUGGGUGAUCCGUGUGUCGGUGGUGGUGGUGGGGCUGUGUGGGAUGGCCCUCACUCUCUUCCACAACAGUACCUUUGCCCUGUGGAUCCUGGCGUCUGAUCUCUCCUACACCAUCAUCUUCCCUCAGCUCGUCUGCGUCCUCUUCUUCCAGGUCUCCAACGGCUAUGGAGCCGUGGCGGGAUACCUCGUAGGGGGCCUGAUGAGACUCCUCUGUGGGGAGCCCAUCUUCAACCUCCCGCCUGUCCUCCACUUCCCUGGAUGUACCCUGGAGGAUGGCGUCUAUGUCCAACGCUCCCCCAUCAGGACCAUAUGUAUGCUCCUGGCCCUGGCGGCCAUCUUGGGUUUCUCCUGGCUGGCUCAGCUGAUGUUCAAUAAGGUCUGGCUGCCUGAGAGGUGGGAUGUGUUCCAGGUAAAGUUCCAGACUUCGCCACUUGGUGGCGCCAGAGAAAUGAAAGAGAAGGAGGAGGAGGAGGAUGGUGCAGUCUCUGAGCCAAUGCUUGAUACCACAAAGUGUUAAGGGUAAUUUUUAAGGGCUGGUUUCCCGGACACUUGCCCUGGACUACAAAGCACUUUAUUUUAUUUUUUUUUGCAUAUUUGUUGUUUAUCGGACAGGAUAGACAGAGAGAGGAAAUAUGAGAUUAUCUGUUGAAAAUCCAAAUAAUUCUAAAGCAGGCUAUUUAAAAUUGAUUGUGUAGCUCAAUUAAGUUACUUAGAUGAUUUGAACAUAAAGCGUGAAAAAGACUAACAUCGGUCCCAUUGACUUUGUUCCACAAAAGCAUGGAUUGCUGUCAUACCUUGUCCAUAGACUGAUUACAGGGUAAGGAAAUCAAUCCUAUUAAGUCAUUUGGGUGAACCAUCCCUUUAGUCUAGGAGUAGGCUUAAUUAUCUGUGUCUGGGAAACUUCAUUACCUCAUCCCCAAUCCUAAACUGAGCCAUUGAGGGGUGAAACUAAGAUCUGACCCCAUAUCAGUGAUUAUUUAGCCUGCCGACUCUUUAUUUCAUACUGAAAGUCAUGUGAUGCUCAGUUGAGAGGAUC